CACACACACACACACACACACACACACACUCUCUCUCUCUCUCUCUCUCUCUCGUCCUCUGCGAUCGAUCAGCUUCAGUGAGUCUGAUCUCUGAUCAGUUUUACUUCAGUUUUUAUCGAUACUCCAGGUUGUGUUCGUGUCUGCGAGUCCGUCUGUCGGUGUCGCUCUGGUUUCAUCUGGUUUGUUCUGGUUCCGGCUGCUUGUUCCGUAACUUUUCGGACUCAGUGUGAAGCUUCAGUCUCGGGUUAACUGUUAGCAUCUUUCUGCUGGAGCUCAUUAAUCUUCUGUUAGCUUCGUUACACGGAUCAUUUCCGCCUCGGAGUCUCAGUUUCACACCGAAACGUCCCGCUGCUCUCCGGGCCGAACACUAAGCUUAGCUCCGAGGCUAGUUAGCAGGUUCGGCUCUGUUAGCCGGGCAGCUAGGCUAACUAGCUAACUAUUAGCCUGAGUUAGCAGCUAGCAGUUAACCCGAGCUGCCUCCGGUCUCGUCAUGCCGGCGAUGCUGGAGAGAAACCCGGAGGCUCCGGGGAAGCGGAGAGGCAGAGCCCCGGCGGGAAGCGGCAGCAGCGGCCCCGCAGCAGCAGCGAACCCCGGCGGGAAGAGCCUGUCCGGUAAUGGAACCAGCUGCUGGGAAGAAGGAAGUUCAGGCUCCAGCAGCGACGAGGAGCAUGGUGGAGGAGGUAUGCGGGUCGGACUGCAGUACCAGGCAGUGGUUCCGGACUUUGACCCGGAAGUUGCCCAGGCAGCUCAGCUCAGAGAAAACCUCGGGAUGCUGGUUUGGAUCCCCAGCAGCUGUCUGAACCAGACUCAGUUGGACGAGUACAUCGCCAUCGCCAAAGAGAAACAUGGCUACAAUAUGGAGCAGGCUCUUGGGAUGCUCUUCUGGCACAAACACAACAUUGAGAAAUCUCUGGCCGACCUGCCAAACUUCACUCCGUUUCCUGAUGAGUGGACGGUGGAGGACAGAGUCCUGUUUGAACAGGCCUUCAGCUUCCAUGGGAAGAGCUUCCACCGCAUCCAGCAGAUGUUACCUGAUAAGUCGAUGGCCAGUCUGGUUCGGUUUUAUUACUCCUGGAAGAAAAGUCGCAGUAAAACGAGUCUGAUGGACCGACAGACACGAAAACAUAAGAGAGAAAGAGGUGACAGUGACGAUGAAGUUGAAGACGGAAACGUAAAUCCCCCCAGUGACUCCGAGUUCGACCCAAACAAAGUCGACAAGAAGGAGGUGAGUUCUGGAUCAGACAGGUCGGAAGUCAAACCAGCUGCUGGACUGAAGACAGGCAGUAAGGCGUCUCAGCGGUUGAAGAAACGUCCUCCCAGAGGAAUGUUUCUGAAUCAGCAGGACGUCGUUUCGCUCUCAUCUUCGUCUCCUCAGGGACUCAUCAGACAACUGGACUGUCAGCUGGUCUCCAUCAAGAGACAGAUUCAGACCAUCAAACAGUCAAACAGUUGUCUGAAGGAAAAAAUCAGUUCAGGAGUCGACGAGUUCAGACAACCUGAGGUGAAUCAGAAGUUUAACACUCGUUGGACCACAGAAGAGCAGCUGCUUGCUGUACAAGCCAUCAGGAAGUAUGGGCGGGACUUCCAGGCGAUCUCAGAUGUGAUUGGUAACAAGUCGGUGGUUCAGGUAAAGAACUUCCUGGUGAACUACAGACGGAGGUUUAACCUGGACGAGGUUCUUCAGGAGUGGGAGGCCGAACACGGGAUGGAAGGGGGAGAUGGGGGAGGAGGAGAGGAGGACAAUACGGAGGACAAGAUGGAGGACAAGAUGGAGGUGUGUCCUGCUGAGGAGGAGGAGGUCACUGCCAAGGAGAGAAAGGAGGACUCGUCCUCUCCAGUGGACUCCCAGAAGCCUCAGACCUCCUGAGACCCUCUGACCUCUGACCCUGCCCCUCUGGUUUUAUGAUGUCAUCAUGUAUUUUAUCUUAUGUUAUUUUAUUUUCUCACUUUAUCAGUUAGUGUGUUGGACUUUUAUUGAUCAGGUAUGAGGUUUGUAUCUUGUCUGUCAUCACUGCUCUCGGACCAAUCAGAAAUCAGAUCUGACCUGUCAAUCAAAGUGGGCGGGACCUGUGCUUUGUCUUUUUUUCUAAUUUCUAUUUGAACAAUGUUUUAUGUUUUUAAUGUUUAUUUUUUUCUUUCUUUGUGUGUGUGCGGAGUUGGGUGGGUGGGGGGUCAAGUGAAGCAGCCAUGUUGGAUGAUGUCACUCAGGUAAGCGGCGUGUCCUGUCCUGAUGAUGUCAUCCUGUUUGGGAGAUUUUAGGACCUUUUAGAGAAGUGACAAUAAAACCAAAGUUCAUCAAUAAAUGAAUUUGUUUCUUCUUCA